AUGUCGGCCUGGUCGGAGCAAAAAUCACAAAACCGCACGUUGCAGAUACUCGACACUGCAACCAAGGGCAAAUAUGGUGUUCUCGGCGUGGUCAUUUACAACAUCGAGCAUCUCACUGCGGUUGUAAAGGCAGCAGAAGCAAAGAGAUCACCGGUUCUUAUCCUCCUGUUCCCGUCUGCAGUCACACAGCUACCUACUCUU